AUGAGUUGUAGCAAGGACUUCUACUUCGGGUUGCUGCGGGUAUCUAUGAUCCAGCUGCUGAAGGCGCAUGGGUUUGAUCGGGCGAGGUCUUCGACGGUAGAUAUGUUCACCGAUCUGUAUGUGAGGUUUCUGGGAUUGCUUGCGAGUGAGUUGCAGCGAUUGGCGUCGGCGCGGCAGCAGCAGGAUGACACGGUCUGCCUACAGGACCUGACACUGGCGCUGCAGAACCUAGGGCUCAUACGGCCGGCCGACGUGCUGGACGUGUACGACGAGAACCCUGCGCUGCCGGGCGAUGAGGGCGUGCAACGGCUGAAGAAUUGGGCGGUGCACGACGCGGCCGCGGUGGAUGCGCGUCUGGUUGCGACGCCGACGCCGGAGCUGCUGCGGGUGCGCGAAGGGGGCGGAGGCAAGGCGGGUACCAAGCCGUUGUCGCUGAUUCCGGAAUACAUCAACCAGUUGAACAGCGGGAAGAAGAACGAGGAGGAGGAGCGCGAAGAGACGGAGCUUGUGGAGGCGAUGAUCAACAACGGCGAUAUGGACGACUGGGUACGCUUUAUGGUAACGCGGCAGCGCGUGCACGCGCUGCGCAAGCUCUCGGGAAAGAUGCCGCGGGAGCUAGAAAGCCUGCCUACGAUUCCGGGCCUGAAGAACUCCGUCCUGGGGCGUGGCAAAGGCGGCGCGAAUCCUGAGCACUUUCCCGCCGAUGUAAUAGAUGAGCAGAACCACGAACUACGCAGCCAUGCAGCCGAGCUGGUGUCGCGACUCCCAGCGUCCAAUAAGAACAACAGGCUCGAUGCGAUAUCUCUUUCGUUUGAGGAAGAUCCUGCAUAUGCUCCGGACCCGAUGUCGUUGGAUGACGCGAUCAUGGACCUCGAUUAUCUGGAUGAUGCUGUGCUCGAGGAGGAAUUCGGUGAUCAUUACAAAGACUUUAACGAAUUUGAAAGCCUAGAGGUUGCCGAUGCUCUGAAGCUGACCGACACAGACCUGGAACUUGGAGACUAUCAGGAUAUUAGAGAUGCAUUUAAUAAUGGUGAUUCGCCUACAUAUGAUACCGGUAUAUAA